UUUUGUUCCACCCCUUUUUCUCAUCACCCUCCAAACAGUCCCUAUUUCCUCUCUUUCUUCUUGGAAGACAAAUUGUCUGAGGAGGAGGAGGAGUACCCCCUUCUCAAUUUAACUCUUUGACCAUGGUACUCUUUUCCUCCCUGACCCCAGUCUUUAUAGCAGUGAUAUGUGUUUUGAUUGGGAUAAUUCUGAAAAACACAAGGAAAAGCAGCAAGAAAGAAAAGAGUGAUACUAAAAACAAACCAGAAUCUCACCCAUGGGUGGAUGAAGACUUAAGAGACAGCACUGACCUUCAUGUAGAGGAAGACGACAUUGAUGAGGAGUGGCAAGGAUUAGAUGAAAACAUUGCACAUGUCCCUUUCUCUGCCGAGUGCUAUUCUGAGGAUGAAAUGAUUAAAAGGUCAAAGGAAUUUUAUGAGCUUCUCAAUAAGAGGCGGACUGUCAGAUUUAUAAGUGAUGAGCCAGUCCCCAAGGAGGUUAUUGAUAAUGUCAUCAAAACAGCAGGAACUUCUCCCAGUGGAGCACACACUGAACCUUGGACUUUUGUAGUAGUGCAUGAUCCAGAAAUAAAACAUAAAAUUCGGGAGAUCAUCGAGGAGGAAGAAGAAGUAAACUACAGGAAAAGGAUGGGAGACAAAUGGGUGCAUGACCUAAAAAGACUGAGAACAAAUUGGAUCAAAGAAUACCUGGAUACAGCUCCCUAUCUGAUCCUCAUUUUUAAGCAGGUGUAUGGGAGACUUCCAAAUGGAAAAAAGAAGACCCAUUACUACAAUGAGAUCAGUGUUUCUAUUGCCUGUGGUAUCCUUCUGGCUGCACUGCAGAACGUGGGUCUGGUCACAGUGACUUCUACCCCUCUGAAUUGUGGCCCUCGUCUCAGGGUGCUGCUUCAGCGCCCAGCAAAUGAGAAGUUACUCUUGCUGCUCCCUGUUGGAUAUCCCAGCAAAGACGCCACUGUGCCCUAUCUGACACGGAAGCCCCUGGAUGAUAUUAUGGUGGCUAUGUGAGCAUGGAAAAAUCAAGGCGAGCAACUACCAAAAUGCCUGUUGUAAAGCAACAACUCAUAUAAUUCUGCUUCUCUUCAUUUCUAUUGCACACACUUCAUCUUUGUCCUUUUUUAUGCAUCUGCUGUGCCGGCUGUUUAUACUGGUAUGCCUUUUUAGUGCUAGCAAUUGCAGUGGCUACAUUCGCUAUAUGCAGUGAGUAGUCAAGCAUGGUGAAUUUGACAGCUGCUAUUAUCAGUGAGCCUGGUUGAUUGUUCCAAGGGAUGUGCACAAUGGCAUUUAAAUGACCUUCAUCACUCAAAUUGCUUCUCCACCUGAGGGGACUUUUUUUCUGAAUUGGGAAAUUGCCCUUGUGUGAUACUUGUGUGAUUGUCACUUGCACAGCUAUUUUCAUAUUAGGGCUUUUGUUCGAGGGAAGCAUUAGAGAGCUUAACAAAGAAUGUAAGGAGACCUAAGUGACUUAGAUAAUUGAUAUUGCUGAGCAUGCAUUUUUCAAGCACUCUUCCGGUAGCUGUAUUAAACUUUGCAAGGAGAGAGAUCUUCCCUGUCUGAACUAGACUUUUCUCAGACUGCCUUUGCUUUCCUGUCAUUGAUAGGAGCCCCCAGUUGUGGGCAAUCUAAAGCAGUGGUUCUCAACUUUUGGUACCCCCUGCUGAUGGACACAGGAAAAGCGAAACCAGAAGUCCCACCGUGGCACUUCUGGUUUUUCUGCCAUGAGUCAAGUCCCACGUUUUCCAUCGCGACCCAGGGCAAAGCAGCCUGUGCGGGGCCUCCCUCCCUAUCCCCCAGCACGCUGACACUGGGGAGUGAAAGCCCCGGCGCACCAGACACGGCGGGAGUGGCAGCGGCUGGAACUUCUGGCCUGAGCAGGCAAAGACCAAAAUGCAACACCCAUGUACCCCCUGCCUGUGUCUCACGUACCCCCAGGGGUACACGUACCAUGGGUUAAGAAACACUGAUCUAAAGCACACAAGCUAAUUUCCACCUAUUUACAUUCUCACUGACAUCUUGUCACACUUUUAGCUUCUUUCAUUCCUUUGAGUCUCAGACCAGCAGAGUCUCCCUGUGCCUGAAGAAGGGUGACUGUGCCCGAAAGUUUGCAAAGAACUUUUUUUCCAACUACUCAGUUGGCCUAAUAAAAGAUAUCACAUCUAUCCAAAGAACCUUGCCUGCCUAAAGCAUGCAAGGCAUCUGAGGUGUUUUAAUUGGUAUCAUCCACACAUGCCAUGGUUAUAUAUACAUGAUACGGUGGCUAAAUCACUGGUGCCUUGUCUACCCUAGAGAAUCCAACAUUGGGCAUGCAUGAAGUAAACCAUAACACUGAUCCUGAGUUUGUUACAAACAAAGCCUCUGUCAUUAAAGCUAUGCUGGUGAGUUAAAUCAGCAAAAAACCCCUAGAGGGGACACAGCGUAUGUGAAGAGGAUUUUUUUUCUGCCAGCAUAGCUACCCCAUCUUCCCAAAACAGAAUGACAACCUUUUAGGAGCGGUGGGCCAAAUUAGUACAGCUCACUCCAAAGGUGGGCUGUCGGCACUUCCCCUAACGAGCUUCUGACCCAGCUGCUGCUUUCCAUGUCACUGCUGCACUUCUGAUCUGGUUGUUACUUCCUUCUGGGGAAUUGCCUUUGCCAUUCAGCUACAUGGGCUGAAUGGAAUUUCUUGCUGGGCCUGAUCUGACCUGUAAGCUAUAGGUUGCUGAUCCCCAACAUAAGCUGUACUGACAAAAGUGCUCUCUGUUAGCAACUGCAUCAAGGAUUCUGCUGGCAAGGUGACUUGUAAUUAAAAGAGCACACAAAAUGGAUUGCCAAAAGAAGACAUGUUUUGUUUUUCCCACAUCUGGAUUUUGCAAAUUAGCAUAUAGGGAAGCUCAUAAAAAUGAACCUGAAAAUUGCACAGCUGUGGCAUAGAAAUGACUCGUUCAAAGAUUCCACCCACCAAAGCACCUUUAACACUACAAAGCAGAACUCUUUGUUUCUAAAAUAUGCAUUUGGAUGCAACCACCUCAAUCAUAUUCUACUGCUGAUGAGACACCAGUGAGAAUCUUACAAAUCAAGCUUUAGCACUGCUCUUUUGUCAAACCUGCUUGGGACUGCCACUAUUGUUUAACAAUUGUGCUGUCAUUUUUUAAGCUGUAAACGAAAUGGGUAGAUAAGAAACUUUUGCACUUGCAUUUCCCUGCAGGACAUUCUUAAAUAAAAAUGAAAAAUUCCAUCUACCAAUUGUUUUACAUGUAUUAAUUAAAGGCUUUUCAUUUGUUUGGUUCUAA